AUUCUUCCUCGAAUAAAAGUCUUUAAAAAAUAUUCGAACUAAACUGGGGUAAAUUUUUACCCAUACCAUAAUUAAAAUAAUUUGCAAAACUCUUUUCUUGUAUCCACUUAUGGCAGGACAUGGAGAUCAAAAUGAUUAAACUAUUUGCAGUAUGCGGUCGCCGAAUUUAGGACAGCGGGCUCAGAUUACAUUUCGAAGGAAGGUUUGGGCGGUAGUGUUAUGUGGACAUGCACAGGUUAAAGUCUUCCCAGCGCGAGAAAGUGAGGCAGUUUAUCUCCUUCACUGAGACGAACGAGAAGACCGCAAUAAACUGUCUCAGUCAAAAUGAUUGGAGGUUGGACGUGGCGUCAGAUAGUUAUUUUCAAAAUCCAGAAAGAUAUUACAUCGAUACGAAACCUUUAAUAGACAAGAAAAAGCUGUCACACUUGUUUGAUCGUUACAAAGAUCCAACUGAUGAUGAUAAAAUCAUGGCAGAAGGGAUCGGCCGAUUCUGUGAAGACCUCAAGUUAGAUCCUACCAACCUAAGAGUACUUUUAAUUGCUUGGAAAUUUAAAGCUGCAACACAAUGCGAGUUUACAAGGAAAGAGUUUACGGAUGGCAUGUUAGAACUAGGUUGUGAUUCAAUUGACAAACUCCGAAGCAAGCUUCCCAACCUGGAGGCAGACCUCAGAGACACUGUCAAAUUUAAAGAUUUAUACCAGUUCACUUUUAAUUUUGCUAAAAAUCCAGGCCAGAAAAGCUUAGAUUUAGAGAUGUCCAUUGCUUAUUGGAAUAUAGUCCUUAGAGGGAAAUUUAAAUUCCUUGAUAUUUGGUGCGAGUUUCUCCGGAUACAUCAUAAAAAGGCUAUAUCCAAAGAUACGUGGAACCUUUUGCUAGACUUCAGUAACAUGAUCGAGGAUGACAUGAGCAAUUAUGAUGAAGAAGGAGCAUGGCCAGUACUAAUAGAUGAAUUUGUAGAGUAUGCUAAACCUAAAGUCACAGGAAAGCAAACAACUGUAUGAUACAACCCUGCUUGCACUAGGAAUAUUGCGGCUGGAACAUGGUCUGUCUGUGGUCAUCUUUUUACAACACAUCAAUUGACAAACUUGGAACUUUGUCAUUAUUUUUCAUGAAGAUCUCAGUGACGACCGUCUAGAAUUUAAGUGCAAUAUCAUCAUAAACAAAAAGCCUUUAUUGCUGGACUGUAAAAGGAUGUUUUCUUUCUAUGACAACCUAAUAUUAAUGACUGUCAAUAGACUCAUAAUACCCUGAGGAUGUACAUAAUGGUAAUAAAACCAAUAUUUUCAUACCAAUUUCUUGUUACAAUAUUGUUACGUAGAUAGGGUGGCUGUCUUCUUAUACAAUCCCUUUUCCCUUUGUAGAUUUGUUAUCUAUUAGUCAGAUUUUUCCUCCCUUUAUAGCCACUCUUUGUAAAGUUUUUAGUUAAAUUAAAAUCAGAGGUAGUCCAUAUCCUUGCAACUAUAACCGAAUACUACUACCUCUGUGAAAACUGAAAAUUAAGAUUGAAGUGUUAAACAGAAUUAAAGCAAUUUUUGUACCUCUUA